AUGAUGCAUGUUCUGCACAAAUGUCUGUUCUUUCAUGUUGUGACAUGGCUCAGACAAAAUGCUCUUGGGAUUGAAAUCAUAAAUGGUAGAAAGAGCAAGGAGAAGUCAAUGCUGUAUAUGGCAUCAGUGCAAAACAACAGAGUUCAUAUAUGUGGAGGAUUCCUUGUCAGUGAAGACUUUGUAAUGACUGCAGCGCACUGUGAUGACUUAAAACCUACAAGUGUUGUUCUUGGCACCCACAAUCUCAAGAAGGUUAAGAAUGACAUGAGAUACGACGUCAAGAGAUGCAAACACCCAUCUUACGUGAAUGUCUCAAAUGGGAGACAUAUUUUAUAUCUCCAGCUGUCUAGGAGAGCACACCUGAGCAAAAAAGUACCAAUCAAGCCGAUUCAGCUUCCAACUCAACAAAAAAGACUUAAAGAAAACAAAAAGUGCCGUGUCGCCGGAUGGGGUUUCACAAGAACUGGUGGCAAAGUUGUUGAUGAGCUACAAGUGGUGGAUGUGCCAAUCAUUAACUUGAAACAGUGUGAGAAGAAGUGGCAUAAUAUCCUUCCUGCUGGAGUUAUCUGUGCAGGUGGAUAUGGUACAAACAAAGGAUUCUGUCCAUUCAUAGGUGAUUCUGGUGGGCCGCUGGUUUGCAACGGGAAGUUGGCUGUUGGAGUUGUUUCCUUUAAUAAGCAAAUGAACUGUGACUACCCAGAUGUACCCAACGUCUAUACAGACAUAUCAAAAUUCCUGCCCUGGAUCAAAGACACUCUCAAGAAAAAGCAGUGCGAAAAAUGA